UUAAAGAAAGACAGAUUCCAUUUCCGGUUACAAACAACAUGGCGGCGCCGAAACGACCGUGGGAUCCUUGGAAAGUUUUUGAUGUUAGUGCAGAUGAAUUGAAAGCAGUUCAAGAAAGAGCAAAGAUGCGGUCUGCAUUAAAAGCGGAAUUUCAAAAGAAAGUCACAAACCCCAUCCAAGGAGCAAACAAUGGAGGAUUUAUGUUUGAUCCUGCCAUCCAGAGGUUCAUGUCGAUGAGGUCAUCCCAGGCUGAUUUUUUCAAGGCUUCUCCCAAGACCGUGUGGCAUGGCUUUGCUUUUGUAGUAUUUCCAGUAGCCCUUUUGUCAUACCUGACUAUUUCAGGAAGGAGGGAGCGAGAGAAGAAGUAUCGUUCUGGAGAAAUUAGCUACAAGGACAGACCAUGGAAGUUCAUGUAUUAGUGACACUGUAGAUAAACGUUGAAGGAACAGAUUGGGCACAUUAUUCACCUUGGAUCCCUGAAAUGGUCGACAGCAAUUCAUUAUUCUGGAUAAUUGUUGCCAUAGUGUGUUUGUAAAUUCUGGAAUAAAUAUGUUGUGUGACAUAC